AUGUAUUUCAACAGCUUCUCUUUCAUUACCACGGCCGCGUUGCUAGCGCAGGUCUCUGCUUUCCCUGCGCUGCAGUCGCGAGCCACUACCGAUACUGCUGCUUGGUCUUUCUUACAGCGUGCUGCCGACCUAUCGUCCGCUGCGUACACUGGAUGCACUGACACAGCCUUCGAUGUCACCAUUACAAAGCAAAUCUACGACGUGUCAACGAACGCAAAGGGAUUCGUUGGAUAUUCUACCCAGAAGAAAAAAAUAUCAGUCGUCAUGAAGGGAUCCACCACCGAAACGGAUAUUAUCAAUGACAUUGACACCGCUCUGGUUACCCCUUCCCUCUCCGGCGUCACCAUUCCCUCGGGUGCUCAGAUCAUGAAAGGCAUCAGCAGCCCUUGGUCCGCCGUCCACGAUACCAUUAUCUCAGAGGUCAAGACUUUGGUAGAGAAGUACCCGGACUACACGCUGGAGUCGACUGGACACUCACUAGGAGGUUCACUCACUUACAUCUCAUACGUGGCGCUGGCUGCCAACUUUCCGAGUAAGGAAAUCACUAGCAAUGCCAUGGCUGCUUUUCCGAUCGGCAACCAGGCCUGGGCUACCUUUGCCGACUCUUUCAAUGGGACUUUGAACCGUGGCAACAACAUCGAUGAUGGUGUGCCCAACAUGUACAUCCAAGCCCCAUACGACUUUGUCCAUUACGGAACCGAAUACUACAGUUCUGGAACCGAAGCAACCGUCGUCAAAUGCUCCGGGGAGCGCGACACUUCUUGUUCUGCUGGAAACGGACAAUAUAGUGUGACUGCCGGUCAUUUCUAUAGCUUUGGCGUCGAGCUUGGAGCUGUUGGAUGUGCUUCGCUAUAA